GACAAGGCGAGUGUGAAGUGUUCGGAGUUGGAGAAAAUUUUUUUAGAACACACAUUCGAAAAUGACGAGGACGCUGUGAAGAUUGCUAUAGUGUACUACAUAGAGUUUGCCAUGAUGGGCAAGGAAAGGAAGCAGAAAAUGGACACGAGCCUCCUUGGGAUUGUGGAUCGGUGGGAAGUUUUCUGUGAUUAUGACCGAAGUUCAAUGAUUUUUGAAAGGACUCUCUGGAGCUUGAAGAACGCUCUGAAGGACAAGGUCGAGGCGUACAAACAGAAGGUCGCUAUAGACUCGAGCCAUGUUGAGACGUAUAGCUUGUAUGGGUUUCCAUACGCUUUUCAGGUUUGGGCAUACGAGACAAUAUCAACCUUGUCGACUCGAGUAGCAUUGAGGCUGAAUGACGAUGCUAUUCCUCGUCUACUUAGAUGGUCMUGCACCUAUUCGCGUGCUUUUAAUGUUUUGGAGCGAGAGGUCUUCGAGAACGUCAAGUCGAAGGUUGUAGUUCGUUUGGAGGCGACUGAUGUCGAACGACAGCACAUGGCUCGCGUUAUGCAUCCACCAGUGGCCCCUGUCGGACCUCCUGCACCCACAGAACUUGCUACAGAACCACUGGCUACUACUUCCACCGCUCAGAAGUCUCCCGUUACUAGUGAGGUUGGGGAUCUAGUUGAGCUCGAUGAUGUAGCAAAGGAUGCUUCCCCACUGGUUGAUCGUGUAACAGAAGAUAUUAUUGGGACCGAUGGAGGACAAGAUCAAUUGUUGCCACAGAAAGGGACGGAGAAGAAGAAGAAGAAGUCGAAGCAUAAGUGGAGUCGAGAGCUGCGGAGGCUCGGCGACAGAGUGACGGCCAUUGAGACAACUCUGACGGGCAUGACGACUGACAUAAAGGACAUAAAGAAGUUUAUGAAGAGGCUAACAAAGGUUAUGUCGAAGGGCCAGAAUAAAUAUGAUAGAAGGGGCGGUGUGCCGGAUCAGGAUGGUUCUUCGGGUGGACGUGAUCCAAGUGGGCGUAACGAGGAGGAUAUGGACAUGGAUGAGGAUCCGAAGACAGGGAAAGAGCCGAAGACAGGGGACGAGCCAAGGAUGGACGAGGAUCCGAAGACUUGUGAAGAACCCACCGACGUUCACGAAAGUGAUGUGGAGAUGGAUCACGCUCCUACCAUUGUUGGAGCUACCCAGGAGGUCCCAAGUGGCCACYCUAGUCCGGUCGACGUAAUUGAGGUAUUUCUGUAA